GUGCGUGGAAAUACGAAUGGGACCAAGUUAACUCGAGAAAGCACGCGCGCAUUAGGUCUCCCCUGCCGCGGGGCGCAGCGUUGCCAUUAAGCGGUCCUCCUCGCUCGCUCACCGCUCUACUAUCAGUUACCGGAUCCUAACCAAUCCGCGCGCUCUGUCGGAGUUCGAGGGGAGAGAGAGAGAGAGAGCGAGAGCGAGAGAGAGAGAGAGAGAGGAGGGAGAGCAGGAGAGUCGACUAGAUAGUAGAGAUGAGGCAAAGCCGACAGGAAAACAUACCCACCCAUCUUAACCUCUCGUCCCCAUCCCAGACGGACUGACGGACUGACUGACUGACACACCCGAGGCACUGACGUCCGCUACGAGACAUACUUCUUGUUUGUGAAGACGAUCCAACGCACGCACGCGCACACCUCACGUGCCAGGUUUCCCCUGACCAAAACUAUCCAGGUUGAUUCCGGAGGAGGCGAGCCAGGAUGCGCGAUGGGACAAGCGUGCGGACACGCUCUCCUCUGUCGUAGCCAGCCGCCAUCCUCUGAGAUACGCGGUCAACAAGUGUUUUUACAUCCUGAGGACGGUUCUGCCCCAGGCUCAACAACCCCCAGACUGACCACGACCCUGUCUGAACAACUCCAGGAUGCUUUGCUGCGGUUGGCAGCGGUCGUCAAUGUUCGCUCGCUACGAGAUGCCCUCCGAGACAGCGUACAGGAAUUGCUACCCAGCACGGAGUGUGUAUGUGUCUACAUUCUGGAGGGAGACUCGCGGCUGCUGUGUGAUGACCCGCCGCACGAACUGUCAAAGGAGGGAAAAAUCAGGAGUCUCCUGGAGCAGCUGAAGCGUCACCAAUGUGCCGGCCUCCCCCCCGCCGAGCUGCCAGAGAAAUACAGAGCCUGCUUGGCCACGCCCUUACCUGCCCACAGGAGAGCUCUUGUCAUUCCUAUCUUGGACCCAGACCGUAAGAAGGCUAUCUGUGUCUUGCUGGUGGGUUGUAAGCCACUUGCUGACCAGGAUGAAGUGUGUCUCAACACGCUGGAGAAGCACGCUUCGGUGGCAUGUGGGCGUGUCCAAGCCAUCCAGCUACCGUACCCUCAGCCGCCCCUUAGUCCCUCCCCUAUUCAAUCCCACAAUGUACUGCUGGGCCUCGAUGUCCCGGACCAGGAUUACUGCGAGCUGGACCGCAACAUUCUACAGCUCUGCGGUGAGCUGUACGACCUUGAUGCCACAGCGCUCCAGCUCAAGGUCAUCCAUUACUUGCAGCAGCAGACUCAGUCACAGUGCUGCUGUCUCCUACUGGUAUCCGAAGACAACCACCAACUCUUCUGCCAGGUUGUUGGAGACAAAGUUCUGGAGGAGGAAAUCAGUUUCCCGCUCAUGUUUGGCCGUUUUGGUCAAGUUGUCGAAAAGAAGAAGUCCAUCACGCUUCAGGACAUCAGUGCGGAGGAACGCCGGCAGCUCUCCAUCAUGCUGGGCUGUGAGAUCUCCUCCCUGCUGUGCGUCCCCGUCACCAGUAGGGCCACCGACCAGGUGGUGGCGCUGGCGUGCGCCUUCAACAAGGAGGGCGGACUGAGACACACAGAGGCAGACGAGCACGCCAUUCAACACUGUUUCUGCUAUACUUCAACUGUCCUUACCUCAACCCUGGCUUUCCAGAAGGAGCAGAAACUCAAAGUGGAGUGCCAGGCUCUGUUACAAGUGGCCAAGAACCUCUUCACACACUUGGACGACGUGUCUGUGCUGCUGCAGGAAAUUAUAGUGGAAGCCCGAAACCUCAGUGACGCAGAGAUCUGCUCUGUGUUCCUGCUGGACCGCGUCAGCCAUGAGCUGGUGGCCAAGGUGUUUGACGGGGGAGUUGUCAGCGAUGAGGAGAAGGAGUUCCGUAUCCCGGCGGACCAGGGCAUCGCGGGCCACGUGGCGACCACCGGCCAGACCCUCAACAUCAAGGACGCCUACUCCCACCCCCUGUUCUACCGCGGAGUGGACGACAGCACGGGCUUCAAGACCCGCAACAUCCUCUGCUUCCCCAUCAAGGACGAGAACAACGAGGUUAUCGGAGUGGCUGAGCUGGUCAAUAAAACCAAUGGACCAUGGUUUAAUCGCUUUGAUGAAGAUCUGGCCAAUGCUUUCUCCAUCUACUGUGGCAUCAGCAUCGCCCAUUCUCUGCUCUACAAGAAGGUCCAUGAAGCUCAGUUCAGAUCCCACCUGGCCAAUGAGAUGAUGAUGUACCACAUGAAGGUGUCGGAAGAGGAGGUGUCCAAGCUGCUGGUGGUUGGGAUAGAACCAGUGAAAGAGAUCCACUCGUGCUUCGCUGAGUUCACGUACACGCCGCGCUCCCUCCCCGACGACACCACUCCCAUGGGUAUUCUGAGCAUGUUUGAGGACAUGGGCUUCAUCAACACCUACAAGAUAGACCUGCGCACACUCGCCAGGUUCUGCCUGAUGGUGAAGAAAGGCUACCGGGAUCCUCCCUACCACAACUGGAUGCACGCCUUCUCGGUCUCACACUUCUGUUACUUGCUCUACAAGAACCUGGGCCUGGCCAACUACCUCGAGGACAUAGAGAUCUUUGCGCUCUUUGUCUCCUGCAUGUGUCACGACCUGGACCACCGUGGCACCACCAACUCCUUCCAGGUCGCGUCGCAAUCCGUGCUGGCUGCUCUCUACAGCUCUGAAGGCUCUGUGAUGGAGAGGCACCACUUUGCCCAGGCUAUUGCCAUUCUGAACACCCACGGCUGCAACAUCUUCGAAAAAUUUUCGAGGAGGGACUAUCAGCGCAUGUUGGAUCUUAUGAGAGACAUCAUUCUGGCUACUGACCUGGCUCACCACCUCCGUAUCUUCAAGGACCUCCAGAGGAUUGCUGAUCUUGGCUACAACAAGAACAAUCAGACCCAUCGCUCUCUACUGCUGUGCCUGCUGAUGACGUCAUGUGACCUGUCGGACCAGACCAAGGGCUGGAAGACCACGCGCAAGAUAGCGGAGCUGAUCUACAAGGAGUUCUUCUCACAAGGAGAUCUGGAAAAAGCCAUGGGGAACCGACCCAGUGAGAUGAUGGACCGGGAGAAGGCUUACAUCCCAGAGCUACAGAUCAGCUUCAUGGAGCACAUCGCCAUGCCCAUCUAUAAGUUGCUGUCGGAGUUCUUCCCCAGGGCCACCGAGCUGUACGAGAGGGUGGCCGCCAACAGGGAGCAGUGGACUAAAGUCUCCCACAAGUUCACCAUCCGGGGUUUGCCUAGCAAUAACAGCCUGGACUUCCUGGAUCAGGAGUAUGAGCUGCUGCAGUCCCAGGGGGCCUUCGGCAGCGACGACCAAUGUAUCAACGGUUGCCUGGACGAGGGGGAGGGUCAGUGAUGGUGACGAGGACGGUGACUAAGAUGCUGAUGAGGAGGAUCACGGCGAGUCUCAGUGCUCUUGCUGAGGUUUUUAGGAGAGGCUGGUGACAGCUUUUUUUCCAAUCAACCCCCCCCCCCCCCCCCCCCCCCGCGCGAGAGAGCAAGAGAGAUCUUUCUCUUGUCCGCUGUCCUCCACCUAGAUAGCUUAGCAGGGGGAGGAGGUCACGCACCGCUGACGGGGGGGUCCCUACGUGAGCGGAUCAGACAGAGACAGGUUCAGUGGACUCUGGGGGACAGAUGCAACGCGCUGCUUUGUCUCCAGGCCGGGAUGCAGGGAGCAGGGGACAUGUUGUGUCUUUUUGCUCCACCACAGCUACACUGGAGGGGGACGGGGGGGGGGGGACAUUAUUUUGAGAACGAGUUCAUAAGGAGAUGAUGUGGGACGAUGGGAUGAUUGUAAAAACACAUCCGUACACACAAGCAAGCACACACACACACCCACACACAUUCACACUUGUAAAAAAAAGAAAACGCACAUACUGUUGAGUGGAAACACCAUAUGAUAUAUAUACACACAAUACACACAACUUUGACACACACACGAGGCAGAAGAAAACGACUACUCGAUAUCAAGAAGACGACACCGACAUGUUCAACCUACAUGAAGUGCUAAAUCCAUUCUGUACAAUGUUUUGUAACGGCUUCUAUUGAAUUAAAUGGUUCCAAUUUGUCAACGCUCAACUCAAACCGUCUGUGUCUCACCUUACGCUAAGGAAGGUAUUUUGUAUGUGCACCUUGUUUAUUAUCUUCUUCACCUAGUAUUAGUUACACAAUUCAGACUCGCUCCUCAAUGAAUGCAGUCCGGGUUUUUUAUACCAUUCGAAAAUUAUUUUUUAUUCAGCAUUUCAAGGAAUAAAUUAUUCAUCAUGAUUUUUACAGGAGAAACAUAUUAACAGGAACAUAUUUAUUUAACUGCUUUUAUGAUGUUUACAAAAGAUUAUGCUUUCUUGGGGGGGGUUCAGGGGACAAUUUGACAAUCAGUAGAGUCACUUAACCCUAUUGGCUCACAGAACCACAGACGCACACACAGACACACCUUAUGUCAUACAUACAUAUAUAUAUAUGAGUAAAUCAAGGCCAAUUCUCAAACAUUCUCUCUGUCCCCCUUCUCCCCUUCCCUGUUCCCUAUUGAUUUCUCUGAAAAUAAGAGAAACCAAGAGAGGAUUGAGACAGAGCGUCUGAAACCCUUUACAGAGAUCCUUCACCAUGUUUCAGUGUGCGUGGGCUAGACUAGAAACCAUCGAGUGUGUGUGUAAGACGGAUCUGCCUUAUUGUCCAUAUUUGCUGCCUUUUCCAGAGCUUUUAAUAUAUGAACAUUUAAAAUAAAGUCUCUUUUAGUAUUUAUGUUGUAUAUUUGUUAUAGACAUAUAGUUUUUAUUACCGAUACGUUGACUGGAUGACCGUGCGGUUCAGAAGAUGUAUAUUUGUGAAAUACCUGUAAAGACCUCAGAAGUCCUAUUCCAUGUUUUUUUUUUUUUUUACAAUGUCGGAAUUGUUUUCUUUUUUUUAACUCUUGAACGAAUUAAACAGACAGGAGUACUAUUAUGUGUUUUACAUAAUUAUAUCACAUACAUUCAAUGAUAUUGAUUUUCAGUUCUAUUUCAUAAUAUUAGAGAUAUGAAAGGUUACCAUGGAUGCUGCAGAAUAGGAGAACGGUUUGGGCUGGUGGUGUGUGUGUGUGUGUGUGUGUGUGUGUGUGUGUGUGUGUGUGUGUGUGUGUGUGUGUGUGUGUGUGUGUGUGUGUGUGUGUGUGUGUGUGUGUGUGUGUGUGUGUGUGUGUGGGGGAGUGUGUGUGUGUCUGUGUGUCGGUGCAUCUGUGUGUCUGUGUGUUUGUCUGUGUCUGUUUGUGUGUUUGUCUGUUUGUGUGUAGAGGAGAGAGAGAAUGGUAGUAAGGUCAAUUGUAAAAAACCCUGGUUGUAUCAAACUCGAUCAUGGUAAUUGCGUACAGGUAGAAAUUCCUCAAAGAUGACCAGCUUUAGCACUUUUAUGCAGACCUCAAAGAGGUUAUAAAGGCAAACACAGGUCAAAAUUAUGCAGUUGCGAGAAACAUAAAUAAAUAUAAAUUAUUUGAAAUUGUUUAAAAUUAAAAUUUCUUAAUUUUGUUUUCUAUAGCUGUUACAUAUAUUGUACAUUGUAUAAGCUAUAUAUUGGCAUCAUAUUUACAGACAUUUUAUUUAAAUGUUCAAAAGAUUACCAGGAAACCGGUCUCACUGGUGAAAUGAGCUCUCUCUUAGUUACCCUCCAUUCUGUAUCCUAAAUCCUCAGAGGGGUUAGCUGUCUGCCAGCUGGAUAAUGCAUAGAUCUCUAGGCUAUGUAAACACUCACACCUGUUGCUGUUCAUCUUAGUUUCUGUCUCUCCGGAACCAUUAAAGGGACAGUUUCUCAUUAGUAUAACAAAAUAGAAGUAUGCUUACAUUUUUUUGGAUGUAAAGAUGUCAUGUGGGUACCUUCCACAAUCCGUUCUGAUGCACAUCUGUAAUGGCACGUCCAAUAGUGCUGAAGAGAGGUAUCAACACCAUGGCUGUAUUCUAUCAGCUCACACAUGAGCCCCCCUCCCAUGCUGGUCUUAGCAAGAGGAAGGCGAGGCAAAGCAUGAGGCUUUCUGAUUACACCGAGGGACUCACUGGAGUAUGGGAGGAAAAACGUUAUUCCCGGCCAGACAGAUGGUACUGUGUUGAUGAUGGCAAGCUGACCCUACAUUGUAAAACAUUAAAAAAAAUGAUGUUUCAAAUAAGCAAACUGUCCCUUUUAAUGCAAUAUAUGGUGACGUUCUUUGUAAGUCGACGAUGGACGAAGAGAAUUAUUUUUAUUCUUGGCCUCGCACAGACUUCUCUUUGGGGUCUAUAAGUCCACUUAUGUGUGUAUGAUUAACAAGUCAAGACCAUGUGCCAAUUCAGAAAUUAUUACUCUCUGUACACGCUGCGAGUGCAAAGGCUAUUCCUUUAAAUCUUUUUGGAUCAAAUUCAGUUUUCGGUGGUAAACUUAAAAUAAUUGCUAUGGUGAGGGCUAGGUUUAUACUUCAUAUUUCAGGUUUAAAAAAAAAUGACAGGAGGUUAGGCACUACUGUACAUCCAGAAGUAAAGCAACAUAUUAUUUUACCAUCACAGAUCCACAGGACUACUUCCUGGAGCACGUAAUGUUAUUGUGAUGAUCACCUGUGAAAUAUCUGUUUAAUGGCAACAAUAUAAAUGCUGUAAAUAUCAAAACUUUUAAAAGCAGACUUGAUUGUCUAUGUCAUUAUUACAUAAGAAAUAUGUCAACUUUUCAGAUUCUCCAUUGUAUGUGAAGUGGUUGCAUUUAGACCAUUCAGUUGUUUUAUCUUUUUUUCUUCUUUAGUUUUAUUUCUUAAUUUUUUCUAAGAAACCCCAUUCCAUUUCAUUUCAGGGGGUGAUACAAAAUGAUGUGUAUUUACUGCAUAUAUGAUAUACUAGCAGUAAUAGAAAACCAAAAUUAGCCUGAAAUAUAUACGUGAUCCUGUUUAUCAUUCAUGUAAAGAUAAAUAUAUUUUUUGGUCAAGGCGAUGCAAGCAUUAUUGAUCUUGUUCUUCACGUAUGUUACAAAAAAAUGUUGAACAAGGCAUUUUGGAAAGAAAACACAGAAGAAAAU